CCUGACACAAAGCCUGCCCAUUCAGACCCCACUGAUGGGACCGCCUGAGGUGUCAAUCUCUCCUGACCCCGCCCCUGAACCACACCGGGCGGAGCCACGGCACUUGGCCAAUCACAACGAGCCACCGCCGCCAGGUGAGAUGGAGGCGGGGCCUUACAUGGUGUCAGAGCCACCAAUCAGAUCAGCCGACAGCGGACCUCAGGGAUACCACAUGCCUAUGAUUGGUCACCCUCCACCCAUAAGGCCCUCCCACCCAUCAGGUCCACCUCCACAGCCCUCCCAUUCCCACAGAGGAGGACCCAGACCACCUUGGGACAGACCCUACAGACCUCUUUCUGACCACACACCCCCCCCACGCCACCCCCUUCCUUCCGCCCCAGGCCCAGCCCCUCACCUCUACCCGGGCCCUAACCUCUACCACCCUCCCCCAACCCCCACUCCAUCCCGCCCCAGUCCUACCCCCUCCCUAUUCCACCGGACCCCCUCCCCUGUUAACUACCCCCUCAGCCCCUCUACCCACACGGCCAGAUGCCUCCGGGGUUAAUGCCCCCUGGGUUCCCCCUCCCAACACCCAGCCCCACUCGCUGG